AUGUCCAAGUUACUAGGCCGUCCCCAAUCGUCUCUGGAAAUCUCGCCCCAGAACCGGAAAGCAGAGACGUCGACGCUGCUGGGCUGCGUCAAGUCGUCUCUGGGCAUCCAACUCCUGAGCUGGAAAGACUGCGGAGAUGAUCUUUAUGCGGACUUUCCAGAGUCGGAUGUCGACUCCUUGCAACAACUACGGGGCAUGUUGCAUUGCCAAGACAACCAGCGCGAGCAUACCACAGAGAAGCCUCCGCCUCGAGGCCCUCCUACCGUACAGGGCGGUGCAACAUCAGCCACCCGGCCAGCACCCUCGUCUCUUUCCCGGCAAUUACCGUCUUUCGACCAAGAUCUAGAAUCAGGAGGCCACCCUCAAGGACAACAGCCGGCUGCCAUGGCGGCGCAGCCUCCUCAUGUCACGGGAAAGGGAGCGACGCAGAAGCGCUUCAUCGAGCUGUGCAUUAACACGGGCGAGUUCUAG